AUCAUUUGAAGAGACACGUUUUGACAAAAAAAUAAUUAAAUCACCAAAAUUAAAUAAUCGAGUUUCCGAGCAUGUAUCGAUAAGUUUAAUCGAGAUUUUUUGUAAUCGAUACCGGUGUUAGAAUCGGUUUGAAAGUGAAAACUGAUAGUUUUGCUCAUGACCUUUCCAAGGCAAACGUAUUGAUUAAAGUUUUGUAACACCAGGACGUCCAGCCUGAACCAUGGAUGACAGGACCGUGGACCUGAUCUUCGGCGGCUCGCUGAAGUCGCUGCCGCCCGUCAGCUCCAAGAUUGUGAGGAUCUUCACCAGCUCCACUUUCACAGAUACAACGAUGGAGAGAAAUACACUCAUGGCGAAAUGUUACCCGCGCAUCAAAGACUACUGCCGAGAGAAACAUGGCUUAGAGUUUCAGGUAGUGGACAUGCGUUGGGGCGUCCGAGACGAGGCGACGGAUGAUCACAUGACCACAGAGCUGUGUAUGCGAGAGAUUAAGAAUUGCCAGCGACUGUCUAUGGGACCUAACUUCGUCGUGUUCCUUGGACAGAAAUAUGGUUACAGGCCAAUUCCAACAUACGUCCUCUCAUCAGAACUACAAAUGCUGAAGGAUGAGCUGGUGGCCGGAGGAGUGGACGUCAUACUGCUGGACACCUGGUACAAGAAGGACUCGAACGCGGUACCUCCCGUGUCGGUGCUGCAGCCUAUAUCGUCUAUAUUGAUCAAUUUUAACAAUAAGAGGGUACCAAAACUCCAAGCUGAAGAUCAAGCAGUAUGGUGGGAUACGCUCGGCAAGAUGCAGAAGCUGUUCCGCAAGGCUUCGCUGCAGCUGUACAAUGCUGGCAAGAUCGACAAGGAUUGUAUGCACAAUUAUUUUAUGUCUGUAACCGAACGCGAAGUAAUAAACGGCGUGCUGAACGUGAAAAACACGAAGAACCACUGCUUGGCCUACGUCAGAUACAUCAAUAACAUCAAUCUGCAGAACUUGAAGAAAGCCAGCAACUUUGUGGACAUCAUCAACAGGAGCUUGGAUGCAGAGGCCUCGAAGCUGUUAGCUGAUCUCCGUGAUGUCAGGCUCCCUGAUAAGAUUGAGACUACUAAUAUUCAGAAAUACACUGUGGAGUGGAUCGGCCGUGAGGGUUUGGAUACGGAGACACACAGCGAGUACCUCGGCCACUUCAUUGCUCACUUCUAUAAGAAUAUCGUCAAACUUGUGGACAGAGCAAUGCGCAAAGAAGACAGCAGUGCUCAAGGCGUGAUAGUGACGGAAAUACUGCAACAUCUGCACGCUUGCAAUAACUCUGUGAAGGUGUUCCAUGGCAGAGAACCUGAUCUGGACUUCAUUGAGGACUAUAUGAAGAAUUCCUCUGAUAAACCACUUGUUUUGUAUGGAGAAGGUGGUUGUGGAAAAACCAGUCUUCUAGCUAAAAGCGCCGCCAUGUCACUGAACACCUGGUUUGCUGAAGUGAAACCUACCAACAUCAUCAGGUUCCUUGGAACAACUCCUGACUCCAGCGCUCUUACACCCACUCUCAUUUCGAUUUGCCAACAGAUAUCAUACAACUUCGCCCUCCCCUUCGAGGGUAUCCCAGAUGACCUGGUGCCCCUCACAGCUCACUUCAAGCAUCUCCUCACGAUGGCUACCCAGCAGCAGCCGCUUCUUCUCUUCUUGGAUUCAGUAGACCAGCUCACUGGGAUAGGCACGGAGAAUAAUAAGGUUUCUUGGUUGCCUACCAGAUUGCCGGCACAUUGUAAGAUAAUAGUAACAUGCGCGUGUGAGGAAGCGAAUCCAGAGGUAUCGAAGGAGUACGACGUGCUGCGGAGAAUGAUUGACUCUGAAGAGAACUUUCUGGAAGUGAAGGCUCUUGGAGAGGAUCUGGCUAUGCAAGUUCUCAAGUUAUGGAUGGCAUCAGCAGCUCGUGACUUGUCAAACUAUCAAUGGCGUCUGGUGUCCAAUGCCAUCGCCUCAUGCUCUCUACCAAUAUUUGUGAAACUUGUUUUUGCUGAGGUAUGUAGAUGGAGAAGUUAUACAAAGCCUCAAGACACACAUUUGGCGUCCACUGUCAUGGACUCCAUUAUGAUGCUGUUUGAGAGAAUUGAGAAACAGCACGGCCGUCUCCUGGUCUUCCACGCUCUAGCCUACAUCACUGCAGCUCGCAGUGGUCUUUCGGAAACAGAACUAGAAGACCUGAUCUCCUUGGAUGAUAAAGUCCUGGAUGACGUCUACCAGUACCAUUUGCCGCCUGUGAGAAGAAUCCCACCUCUGUUGUGGACUAGGAUCCGCAACGAUCUCCCGAACUACCUCUCAGAGCGUGAAGCCGAUGGCGUCUCCGUGAUGAACUGGUACCACAGGCAGUUCCGCGACACCGCCCGGGAGAGAUACUUCAAGAAUAUGAACAUGGCCAUGUAUUUCCAUUCUAUGAUCGCUGAUUAUUAUCUUGGAAUCUGGGGUGGUGGAAUCCCAAAACCCUUCAAGUACACGGAGAUCCAGCGCCACCGGUUCAACCUGGCUGACCGCGAGGGUGUGGCUGACAGGAAGGUGCCUCUCCAGCCGCUCAUCUUCAUGUCCGCUGAUGGAGCUAAUAGGAGAUAUAAUUUGAGGAAGUUCGGCGAGCUCCCAUUCCACCUGGUUCGCUCCAAGCGGUUUACCGACCUCUAUGCUGAAGUACUCUUCAACUACGAGUGGCUCCAUGCUAAGCUGAACUGCUGCCCCCUCCAAGCAGUGCUGGCUGACUUCGAAGAUGCUAAGUUGCAUGUUAAUAAGGAUGCUGUCAGAGAACUCAUGCUCGUAGCAGAUGCCCUCCGCUUAGGAGGUGCUAUCCUCGGCACGUACUCCGACAUGUUAGCCCCUCAACUAGUGGGGAGGCUACUGCCAGAAGCCCCCCACAACCCUGCCAUAGCCUCGCUGCUGAAGCAGUGUGUUCAUAAUGGGAAGACCCAUUGCGCUUUGCUGCCUUCUCAUCAUUGUUUGCAUACACCGGGUGGGCCUUUGAAGUACUCCCUAGAAGGUCACCAGUUUGCAGUCUUCGCCUUCAAGCUCAGUUCUGACAAGCGCUACGUGGUCUCCAUCUCCAGCAGGGUGAUAUCCUGGGACCUGUCCACAUCAGACCUGGCGAGGGACCUGUGUCCUCAACUUGAAGGUAUCAUGCAGAACUUGGAACUCUCACCAGAUAAUAAGUGGGCAGCUGCUUCUACUAAUAAUUCUGUGUCGAUGCUCCUGAAUAUGCUGACCAGUGAAUAUAUUACAAUCGAUAACCCGCUCAAUGAAGGAGAGACUGUCCGUGGAGUCUUCGUGCUGAAUCACCACAUGUUCAUCUACGGCCCCCACUCCUGGGUGCAGUACAGCAUGAGAGGGGAACACGAGCAGACGCUACCAGCUCCUGACACUGCACCCUAUGAUGAUGUCAACUGGGAGAUACUUUCAAUGGACUUCCGUGACCUGGAGAACUUCUUCGUGGUGAUGUGGAGUGGUGACCUGGAUGAGGACCGGCUUCUGGUCCACUUCUGCAAGAAUGGCGAGUGGAUGCAACCACUGAGGUGCAGGGGAGCUGUGACUAUGAGCAAGCAUUGGACUAAGGUGUAUUGUAGUGACCCUGAGAGAGGGUAUCAGAUAUCGAUAUAUGAGCUGGACAUGGAAGAGAAGUGCUGGAAGAAGACGGAGGAGAUCUUCCACCAGGAGACAGACACGGCCGAGGCGAUGCUUCAGCUCAAACGCGGGAAGAAGGAUCGGAUGCUGUUUGCCACAACUACAUACAGUUUUGUCGUCUGGGACUUUGAUUACACAAUCCCCAGAGUUAAACCUGAACCAGACCCUAAAGAAAAUGAUAAAGAUGAAGAUGAGGAGAAGCCCGAAGAACCAGAGAUAGAUCACCGUCUCCACGGCAUAGUCCUGAAGCUGCCUCACACGAUCCGCAACAUCUCCACCAAGAUGACUCUCUCCAACUCCUUCAUGAUCAGCAACAAUAAUACUUAUGCUGUUGCUGGAGUCAGAAAAAACCUCUACGUCUGGAGUUUGGAGACCACUAAACUGAUCAAGGUGUUAGACGCCCACUUCGGCAGGAUAGUCCAGCUCGAACCCUUGACUGUUGGGUCCUGGAACAAUGUGAUCACCUCUUCCAUUGAUAGGACAGUCAAGAUUUGGAACAUCGACAAUAUUUUUGAGCAAGUUCAUAAGAUUGAUCGGCAAGAGCUACCUAUUGAUUCUAUUAGCCUAGCCCGUGACAAACACCUAGCAGUGACAGUGACUCGAAGCUGUUGGGGUCUUUGGGACACCAGCACGGGGAAGCUGCUGGCCCAACUAGCUGAAGCACCACUUGGAGCCAUCGUCACCCAUGCGGUCAUCACUCCUAAUGGAGAUAAUGUGGUUACUGCAGAGUCUGGCAGCGUGGUCAUUUGGGAUACGCCGGAGAAACAGGCAAUAUUCAAAGAAGAACAGAAAGGCAUCAAGCAAGUCCUACUUCUGGAAGACGGUACCAAGUUCAUCACGAUAUCCAUGCAGGCUACAGGCAACGACAGCGUUGACAAUAUCGGAAUGGCACAUAUUGUAGCUAGGACAAUUCCCGAGGGUGAGAAAAUUUAUAACGCCGAAUAUGAAAUCCGAGGAACUGGGUACAAGUCAGCUGUUGUGUCAGCUGAUGAACAUCACAUCGUUGCUCCGGGAGUCGACAAGUCUUCCAGGGAUUGUCUGCAUGUGUUCCAUGCAAAGACUGGUGCGAGGCUGCACAGGAUCCCCAUUAAGAACAGUGGCAUCAAAGACAUGCAGUCCAUAGUGGCUUUGCCCCAUAAGCCGCUAUGGGUGGCCGUAGUGGGAAACGAUAAAGCUGGAAUACUAGAUAUCAAAACUAAGAGGCAUAUUAGAUUCGUCCCCCGUUGGAACGGCUCUUGCACACGCGACGGCAAGAUAGGCCUUUGCGCUCCAUCCCGAGGUGGCUUGGACCUCAUAGAGCUGAAGAAAGGCACUUCAGUCCAGCAGCUGAUCUACAGGGCUGCUGAGGGCGUCUUCUCUAUCAUUACCAUGUUCAGCUCCACGGAUGACUAUGUGUUUUAUUAUCAUAGUGGGAGGAAGACGCUGAGGGUUUUCAGGACGGUAGAUGGUCGUGCCAUAGCGGAAUACCGAGCUCCGGCAGAAGUGACCGGCGUGGCCAGCGCUCACGGUGGAAAAGCAGUAGCUAUAGCUUCCCAAGAUGGCUGUCUAACUGUGCUGGAUAUUGUAGAUCCUCAUGUUUAGUUGUGAUUUGUAUGGUGCUUGGUUAUAGCCUAGUGUUGAGAGCAGGUUAGGGAAUACAUCAUCUUCCUUUUUCCCAAAGGUUAAUUUAGCUGCUCUUAUACUACUUUAUUAUUUGGUGUAAGCAUGUCAGCUUCUUCCAGGCUUUCCUAUCUAACGUCAUUUUCCAAGUAACAAGGGUUAAGAUGACAACGUAAUUUGGGUUUCUGUAGCUAUUGAGAAAGUACCUUUAUUAUUUUUUAUUUUUUUAAUAAUAGCGUUGUGAGACAUGCCAUGGACUAUCUUGUAAAGUUAGUUGGUAAUUUUGAAAUGUUACUAGUUAAUGACUUGGUCAAGCAUUUGUAAUUGUUCACAGAAUCUAAAAUUAACAAAGAAGACAAAAUAGUAAGAAGUUUUACAUGAUUAAGUUAAAUAGGCUAUCCUGCUCUCAACUGGGCUUAACUUACAAAACACUGAAUCGAUUGCUCUGUGAUAGUAAGGAUGUGAAACUAAGAAGGUUAUGAUAAGGAUCUCAGAAAGUUGUGCUAAUGUCGGAUAAUACUUUCUAUUGAAGCACGUAGUACGUAGGACAUCACUUGUAGACAAAAUUAGUGUAAAGUUCAUGCCAGAAUGACGCGAUGGUUUGGAGACAAUCAAAGUACAACCUACUUGUAAGUUUAAAUUCUUCAAAGAAGGUUCAUCAAUCAAUCAUCGAUCAAUCUUUAAUUUGACAUUUGUCUAGUUAGUUCCAGUAACUGAUCAAGCCUAACUUACGUUGCUUGACCUCCAAGAAUACGCCGGACCUACCUACCUUCCUUAUGGCAUCUCCGCUAUCUUUUCUCCCUCCGUGGUUCCAAGUUUGAUAUUGAAAGUUAUUUUUAACCAAUUUGAAUUAACAAAUUGUAGCCUCGCAAAGUUCUGGUGUUAACUGUACUGUUAGUAGUAGAAAUUCCAGUAGUAUGUAGCUCUAGUCAAAUGUUCUAGUCAAUUCAAUUUAAUCUGAUUGUAGGAAAAGUCAUUUUUAAUUUUAUUAGGUGUUGACAAACUUGAGGCUUCUGUUUAUUGUUGGUAGGCUCUAGCUCCGAUAAAUUAAGCUAUUGGCAAUCUACGGUACAUAAAUGAUUUAAUUACGUUUUGCUUUAAUAAUGCUAAAUUCAGUUAUAUUUUAAGACAAACAGUUGAAACGAUUUACUAUUAUGAAUACUCUACAUAUACUUUUUUUACUAGUCCGUGUCUACAUAUAAAAAAAGUUUUCACAAAAUUAUGUGGCGGGGAUCAGCUACUAAAUAAUAUCGAGUUUAUACUUAUUGGAGAAAGAACUUAUCGACUAAUUACUAUUAUGGCUAAACGUUUAAAUGAAAUAGUUAAUUCAUUUACAAUUCUUUGUAUCAGUCAUCGUCUGGUUCGAAAAUAUAUAUUUUGACGUUUUGUAAAGACUUUAAAUAUUUAUUGUUGGUGUUUUUUUGUGUUUAUUAAAGAAUUCAGCAAUUUUGUGAAUUAUUUUAACGUUGAGUUCCUAUAUAUCAAAUCUUUAAAAAUAAACUAUUUUUAUGAUACCUCAUAAUAGUACCUGCAUGUAACCAUACCUCACAUAAAUCUAUAUUUCUUGUUAUAUUCCAAAAUAUUUAAGACUACAUAGUCAUUUCACAACAUAUUUUUUAAAGUUAUAAUUUUUUUUAUUUAUGUAUUUGAAAUUGUAGAAAAUAUGUUGUAAAAUGACUGCACAGUAUUAUUAUUAUGGGCCGGUUUCACUGGUUACCGAUAAAUUAUCAGUUAGUUAUCUGAUAGUUAUUGCUAUCUGCCAGAUAGAGACUACUUAUAGUUUCGGAUAGUUAUUGCUAUCCGAGACCUGUAAAACUAAAAGUUAAAGUUUAUCUGUCAGAUAAGUUCCUGAUAG